UGCCGCAUUGAAACUGCAGCCGACAACAAGCAACAGCUGUCAAAAUAUUCAACUUAUAACAAAAACACAAGUGCGAUAACGUUGUUGUAUCACUAUUUUCGUUGAUCUUUUCAUCUGGGCUACAUCCAUUAUUGCAACGAUAUGCCGACGAUCAACGAAAGCUCUCUAAUCGAGGACAAUUUGACGAAUGAUCUUCACAAACUCCAGGAAGAUGAGGUCAUCGUUAACCAACAAUUGGAUCAAAUUCUAAUGCGUCACUGUCACGUCGAGGCGAAACUCCAAAGCAUUCGUAAAGUUCUGCCAAAUGUAGCUGUUGUCAAAGCUGAGACAGAAAAGUUCCGAGAUAUGAUACAUCAUACUAAUAUACUUGCUGAAAAAGUCAGCGCAAAAGUUCGACAGCUGGAUUUAGCAAGGAGUAGAGUCUGUGAGUGUCAAAGUCGAGUAAAUGACAUUCUUGACUUACAACUUUGUUGCGAAGGAGUUGCUACUGCCUUGGAAAACGAAGACUACGAACAAGGCGCAGCUCAUGUUCACCGCUUUUUAUUGAUGGAUCAACAGUUGUUGGAGAAAACUGCAGAUGAUGUUUCAGGUGACCAUUCUAGCGUCACUAGUUCAUUAGCUACUUUGCAACAAGCUGCUAACAAUCUAAGACAGGUUGUUGAUCAAAAAUUUGAUGAAGCAGUGAAGGCUGAAGAUUUAGCUUCUGUUGAAAGAUUUUUCAAAAUAUUCCCAUUGUUAGGAAUGUACAAUGAAGGAAUAACAAAAUUUUGCAGUUAUCUUGCUAUUAAACUUCAAGUCACAUCUCAAAAAAAUCUCAAAGCAGCUUUAGACACUAGAAUUACAGACAAAAGAGCAUCUGUAAUUUAUGCUGAUACUUUAACUUUACUAUUUGAAGGAAUUGCAAGAAUUAUAGAAGUUCAUCAACCUAUUAUUGAAACUUAUUAUGGUCCUGGUAGAUUAUUAACUUGUGCAGGAAUAUUGCAAAAAGAGUGUGAUAAUCAAGUGAAAAAAAUUGUUUUUGAGUUUAUGAAACAUAGAGCUAUUUCGAGAAAAGUUCAAUUAAUUAAUGAACAUUUAAGAAAGCAAGGUGUUGAAAAACUUGAACCUAAAGAUUUAGAUAUUUUACUGAGUGAAUUGACUUUGAUGCAUGCCCGAGCAGAAUUAUAUAAUAAAUUUUUAAGAAGAAGAGUUUUUAAUGAUAUUGAAAUAAGCACUACAGAUGAACAACACAGAGCUUCUCUAAAGAAUGAUUUUGAGACAAUAAUGAAAAAUUCAGAAUUAGCUCGUUCUAUGCAAGAAUUAUUGGGGGCUUAUUUAGCAUUAGAAAGAUAUUUCAUGGAAGAAAGUAUUAAUAAGGCUAUUGGGAUGGAUGCUUUAGAUCAAGAUCAGCAAACAUCAAGUAUGAUAGAUGAUACCUUUUUCAUAGUAAAAAAAUGUGUAAAAAGAUCAAUAUCUAGUGGCAGUAUUGAUGGUGUUUGUGCUGUAAUAAAUAUGGCAUGUGGAUUACUUGAAAAUGAAUUGUCCAGUCAAUUAAAAAGUCGACUUCGUCAGGGAUAUCCAGCAGGAUAUUUAGAUUUGGCUCAAGCUUAUAAUGCAUUACAAACCAGUUUCCAACAUGGUCGCAUUCAGACAUCUGAUACAGAAUUAGCUAGACUUAUGUUUUUGGCAUAUUUAAACAAUGCAGAAACAAGCAUAGAAUAUGUUGAAACUUUAAGUAGAAAUUUGAAAAUUGAUAUUGAGCAAGCUUUUCCUAAUAUGCAAACAAAAGAAAAAGGAAAAAUUGAAAGCUGUCUAGCUGGUAUGAAAAAUGUGACAUUCACAUUGCGUACAGUUGUUGAUUAUGGAUUAGAACAGCUACGUUCUAGUGCAAUAAAACCAAGAAUCAAUCCGUGGGUCGAUUCAUUUUUGACAAUUAAUCAUGAAGCUGAUGAGGAGGAGAUACUCAGACAUGAAACUGAUGAGUCAUUUGUACAAACUUUAGUUAUGAAUUUGGAUGGUCUUCUGCAGGUGUUCAAAAAUAGUUUAAUGGAAUCAAAUUAUAAUGCACUUAUUGGAAUUUUAACCACUGAAGUUACGAUUCGUUUAGAAAAAGUUAUUUUUAAAUCUUCUUUUAACAAGAUUGGAGGAACCAUUCUUGAUAAUGAAAUCAGAGCAUUAUCAAAUUAUUUCACUUCGUCUACGUCAUGGACCGUUAGGGAUAAGUUUAUCAGACUGCAACAAAUUGCAACUAUUUUAAGUGUUGAUAAAGUUGAAGAUGUAACUGAAUUUUGUGCAACUGAUUCAAUUUCAUGGAGAUUAUCAUCAGCUGAAGUUAAAAAAAUUUUGCUGCUAAGAACUGACUUUAGACAAGAAGACAUAAAAAGACUGAAAAUUUAAAUUGUUAUUUACAAAAAUUAUAAUUUUUAUACUUAAAAAUGUUAAUUUGAUAAGUUAUUAAAUAUGU